CUUUGUCUCUCUGUCUUUUGACUUUUCUUUGAUUAUUUCUCUUUCUCAUCUUCAAUAUGGCAUCUUGUCAAAACUCAGGUUUUGACCAAUUAUGUCAGGAAGCUGCAAUUAUUACAAGGGAACUUGAACUCAAAGCUGCCAGUGCUGCACUUGAAGCAGCUACCAAGGAGGCUGAAGAAAUUCUACAAACCUUCAACCCUCCACCACUGAAAAAGAAGACCAAACAAGCCUGUAGCACUCGUGUCAGACCAGUCUCUUUUGUAGAGAGGGAUGAGUUUGGGCAUCUUGUGCCAAAACGGAGAAGGCCAAAACUCACCAAGGCAAACAUUUCCAAAUCUACAACGAUUAACAGUCCAGCUAUGUCAUCUUUGGAGUCUGGGCAAGUAGACAUUGAUCAUGGUGAAGUUCCAUCACAGCCUUCUCACACUGUUUGGCCAGCAGUUGAAGAUAUAGAAACUCUUCAUCAAGAGGUAGAGGAUCUGUUGGCUGAUACUGGAGACAUUCAGUGCUCAAAUCCGACCUCCUCAAACACAUGGUCAGUUCGCAUGGCCCAGGCUAAAAAGAAGUGGGCAGCUUUGAGGCCCGAGAUGGUGGAAUCUUUAUUAACAGCUGAGUACACGGAUAUCAGACAGUGCCAGCACUGCCAACUGAAGCGAUCUGUUAUCCGCUGUAAAGACUGUGUUCCUAAACAGCUGUACUGUGCAGACUGCGAUAUAUUGGCCCAUGAAAGGAAACUGCACAACCGAGAGACAGAUGUAGAGGGAUUCUUUCGGGCCAUAUCCCCGUCUACUUUGGUGAAGGUGGAUAUUGACAACCAAUUCCAUUUUGAGGAAAAAGAUUGUCUUUUGCCUCUAGAGACACCUGAUCAAAUUUGCAGCUGUGCCACUGAUACCAUUGUGGUGUCAGGAGGUAAAAAGGCUAUUCUCAUUGGAAUUGAUGGUCGCUACAACGUCAGCUUGCCAACCUUCACAUGCUCAACAUGCCAUAUGAGCAGAACGACCAGCAUCCCACACCUGAUCAAGUCUGGUUACUGGCCUGCCACAGCAAGCUGUGAAACACUUUAUAAAAUUGAUGUGUUUGUGUCAUACGACCACAUGAAAUUGACUGCUCCUGGACUUUCUAGACAGUCCUUCGUCAGUUUAUUGGAACAGCGGACGGAGUUCUUUGGCCGAGAUGGAAAGAUCUGCACAGAUGCUUUUCAAAGAAGUUUUUUCGAAUGGAGAUACUGCCAGUUCCAAAUUGAUCAGCUCUGUGGACUGAAAGUGUUUGAGUGUCCAGCCUGUUCUCCAUUUAUGCUUGCUGUGUCAGUCGAUGGUAACAGGAAAUUGUAUCGCUUCAAAAGAGGGGCUGAAGAUCAUGGUCUGUUCAAGGGUGUCUUUGUCUGUGAGGAUGAAGAUGUUUCCAAGUUCGUGGACUACAUUAAUAAGAAGACAAAGCACUCCGCUGGAAAAGGUGUCUGUGGAUCGAGUCAGUGGACUGCAGCACGGGAGUCCAUCCCAAAGAAAAUCAACAAGCUGGAUGAGGAGGGGAUGGAGGUGGCUGUCUGUCGGCAUGGUGUGCUGCUGAGAAGUCUGAACAUGAUGAGGGGGGAAAUAUUUGCAUAUCCGUUGUUUCUCCAAAAGGAGCUGACGCCAAGGAAUGUUCAGUUCAUGUGCACUGACGUAAUAUGCAAGUACUGGCCAUACCUGCAGAGAGUUGUUAAUGAUUGUCCAGAGCUUUCUCCUCUCCUGCACAUGAAGCCAUUCCUGUCAGUGAUGCAUGCAAAGGCCCACUCUUGGAAAUGUGAGAUUAAGUGGGGUGGCCGAAACCAAGAAGGAGCAGGCACCACCUUGGGUGAAGAGGUGGAACAAGUAAACAGCUUCUUGUCGAGAACUGCUAUAUGCAGUAAAUACAUGACCAAAGGAGCUAGGACAGACAUGAUUACUAUCCAGGCCAUGGCAUGGAAUCAACGCAAAAUUGACAACCUUGCAAACGUGCUGUCCCGAAGAUUAAUAAAGACAAAAGCACAAAUUCAGGAGGAGUCCCUAAAUCUUGAUGCACUAAAGACAGAGUUUGCAGUAACAGAUGACACACUUAAAGACUGGACCAGUGAAAUCCAGCAGUGGGCUGAUACAGCAACAAGUAAGGAGAAUGCAAGCAGUCAACAGGGACUCCAGAAGACAAUUGAGACUCUUUAUGUGAGCAUCAGGCAGAGGAAGCGAGAUCUUUACCGUCAAACAGAUGGAAACAAAAGAAGACACAAACUCCGUAGAAAAAUUUUGGAGGAAAAGGCCAAAUUUAGUGCAGCUGUGGAUGAGUACAACAGGGAAGCACCUGAAAAGCUGCAGUCAGCCGACUCAAUUCUGGCAUGUGAGAGCUAUGCAUGGCCAUGGGUACUGGAUGAGCGUGAUAAUCUUGUCACCAAAAAAAGGGCCUUUGACCAACUGAUGCUGCUAAAGCGCCUUACCGAAGAGGAGUGCAUUGUCCUGAAUGAAAUCAGGAAUCACUGGAAAAGCCUCAAAAGGGAUCUGUCUCUUCUAAAUGACCUUUCAUGUCAUGUUGCUGUUGAUAUAACAAAGAAGAAACAGGACUCUGACCUUUCCAAAAGUGGAAUUCUGGGACUUCACGCUCUACUACAGAAAAAACUAUGCUACCUAAAAAGUCACAUAUCCUCGGUUUGGCAGCUGUACGGUAGUGUCCUAGACAAUUGUGAGGUGUGUGAGGAACUGCAAGAUGAUGAUUACCUUGAACAUGGAUGA